AUGGACCAACAGCAAGAAGCCUUCAUCGAGGAAUACGCAAAAGCGCUGGAGAAGCCUGAUGACCCACUUGGAGAAGCAGAAGCGCGCCGCCUACACGCCAUCCACAUCUGCCAGCAGCUGCAGGCCGUCCUCAAUUCAACAGCAGAGGAGCUCGCUGGUGAAGAGGCGCCGAUCGCAGAAAAGGCUCAACGAAAAGCGACGCGCGACAUGAUCGCCCCACUGCUGGCCAAAUGGCGCAACGUUCAAGCCGAAGCCGAAGCCACCAUCGCGUCGUUGAAGCCAAAU